GGGAGCGCCCUGGAGGAGAGGUGAGUCGGCCGCCCCUCCCGGGACAGCCGGCGGCUGCCAGCGCCUCCCCAGCCCCGCACCCCCGCCACCCCCUUCCUUCCCCUCGAUACUUAGGACAAGCGCAUCCCGGCCCGCCCUGCUGCCGGGCCCCGCCGGCCGGGCACCGCGCCGCUGCCGCCCGGCCCCAUGCUGCGCUCGCUGCUCUCCGGCUGCCUCUGUCCCCUCGCAGCAGGUAAGAAGAGCCCACCUGCUGAGGACAAAGUUGUGCUAACACACAUGAAGAUACUGAGCAAUGAAGGAAUUCAAAACCCAGGGUUAAUCCCAGAGGCUCCAGCUGACACAGCCUGCACAGCAGAGUCCCAUCUUCCCGGUGCCAGUCUCCCACCAGACUGCCUGGGACGUCCAGGUGCAGCAGGUGCAGCAGGUGCAGCAGAUGCAGCAGAUGCAGCAGAUGCAGCAGAUGCAGCAGAUGCAGACUGUGUGGAUGGCUCAGCAAGCACUGACUGUGUAGCCACCCUGCCCGACCUCAGCGCCUUCGAGUCCAAGUGCCGGCUGCACAGAUUCUCCAAAUUUGAAUCUGAGGACUCAGGGGUCGAGCUGCCAAGCGGUGCUAAUUCUCCAUCAACGCCCACGGGCUCAGAGAAGAGCUUUGUGCUCCACAGCAGAGACUCAUUUUGUGACUCAGGUGUGCUCAGCACCUCCUCUUCUCCAGAAAUUGACCAUCAGUUAAUGAGAACAUGUAAAGAACAUGCCAGACAAGUUAGCCUCCAAGAUCCAGAGAGCAAAAAGCAAGCUGAUUACUACAGUCAGGAGGCGGAUGCUGUGCAGGAUCCUACAAUUUCCCUUGAAGGCUUCAAUGUCCCUCAGGAAGAAAGUGCUGAUGAACAUUUUGACCAAAGUGACAAGCAGCCUCUGGAAAGGGAGCCUAUCCCAGAGAUGGACCUUUCCAGGGAAAGCACUCCUUCCACCCCAGGUCCCACAGAAGAGCCAAAGACAAUUGCUGACAGUUUCCCAGAGAAUUUUGGCAGCAUGCAAGACCUUCAGAUCCACGAACAUCAGCUGAAGAAGUACCCCACCAGUGACAGUCUGGAUGAAUACAUGGAUGAAUGCUGUAGGCUGAGUGAGGUGAACCAAAGUAGCAGCAAAGCCCUGGGAUCUGGUCUGGGAUACCUGGAACACAUCUGCCAACUGAUUGAGAAGAUUGGGCAGCUUCAGGAGCACAACCUGCGUCUCCAAAAACAAGUGUGCAACUUGCAGAAAGAGCAGAAGAUGAGUCAGAUAAAAGAGGAAUACCUUGUGCAGCAUUGCUCCUGUGGAGCCAUCAGUAUCUUCCUUAACUCAUAUCAAGACAUGAAAACAAGUUUUGCUGGAAGGAGCAGACCUCACAGCCUCUUGGUUCAGACUGGAAACCCUUCUGAUCUUUCCAUCAUCCCAGAAAUAGGAGCAAACACUGAAAAGCUGAGCAACUGCAAUGGAAGUGAGAGAUACCUGGAAUCAGGAAAGAGCCAGCUGAUGGUGGGGCUCAGGAAGUCAUCAAACAAUAGGAACAACAAGGAGAAUGAGUUCAGAGAAGCUGGGAGUAUGGCUGAGGGACAAGCUUUUCUGUCAAAGGACCCUGCAGUAAGAAAGGCUCUGGACGUCAGCAAGAACAUCUCGGGUGAGAGCCAUGCUUGGAGGAGAAUGAGAGAUCUUAUGAGGAAGACACGACUGACAAACCAGAACAAGCUGGGGCUGUCCUCUGCUGCUCUGAAGAGGUCCUGCCCACAGUUGUAUAGGCCAGAUAUUAUCUCUUCAGAGCUGAGGAAAACUGAGAGGAACUCCAUGAUUGUUCUGGGACAAAAUACAAAGAACGAAAACUUGUGGCCUUUCUGAUAACCUGAGUCAAAUGGAGCAAGGUAAGAAAGUCAAGGCAAGAACCGAAGGACACAAAAUCAAGAAUCCUGGGGUUACUCUGUGCUAAUCCUACAAUUGUCAACAGAGCAACUCAGAGUUGUGUGUUGGAAGGGAAAGAAGGAAGGGGGAUGUUGAGAAGGGUCUGUGGGCAGAUACAUGCUCAGCUAUGUAUGGCUUUGCUCCUGAAUCUGAAGUGUACUUCAAAAAGUCAAGCUACAGAUGAAAAUUGCUGUUAGCAUCUUGGCAACACAACCAACAGGGACUUUUAAGAUUUGGAAAUUCUUCCUGUUCUCUGGGUUAGGAACAGAAUUACCCAAAACACUGAAGCUUUUAAAGUAUCAUUACUUUCUGGGGACUUCCUCAGCCGAAAUAAACAUUAGCUUUAUGGGACAUAGCAUCAUCUAGAGGAGUGCAAGAGACUCAUUGCCCAGGGCAGCGGUGGCUGUUGAAAGGACAGCCUCCACCCUCUGGGGAGGAGAGUUGCAGUCUGUGUCCCCAGCACAGUUCCUCCCUUCAGAGCAGCCCAUGGCCAGCUGUGCCAUUUCACUGGAAUCCAAGAGGAAAACAAAGUGCGUAAAGCUAAGGUCAUUCUGAAUUCACUACUAUCUUCCCAUCCUGUGGGCUGCUUCUGCAGAGGUCCCUGGACUCUAGUGCUACCCUGCACAGAAGCUGGCAUUGCACACAUUGUAAAGACCAGAGUAAGCAGCACUACAGGAAUCAGCCUUUCCACAGACUGGAGGGGGCACCCAGGGCAGCCUCUGCCUCAAGCCCAGCCAUUCUGUAAUCCAUCUUUUUUCUUUUUAUGAUGGGGGACAGGAUACCAGGCUUGAUUUCCCACUUCUGAGUUCCACUGAAGUGCUCUGUCUGUGCAGGUGGGGCAGUCUUGCUGCUGUAUGGCUCUGCCCACACUCUCUCUACUGGGAAAAGGAAAGGAGAGCAAGGCUGCAAGGGACAGUAAUCCAAAUACAUCCUUUGUAAUAUGGGACCCUUUUGGGAUACACUACGAACUGUGUAAGACUGACUGUGUGGUGGCUGCCUUACUGCCACAUGUCCAGUGCUCUCUGACUUGAGGAACAGGCAGUGCAUGCUUCUGAACAUCCCAUGGCUGCAGAGGUCUCUGCACACCAGCUCUUAUAGGUACUAGCAAAAUAAUUAAUACACAUGAAGCAAAUAUUUAAGUAAACUAACAUUGCCUCAAUAAAGGAUUGUUGUACCCCAAAAAUUAUAAUAAAAUUACAAGUCAAGCAAUUGCUGUUUAAAAAUCCCUCCCCACCCCCAAUUUGCCUGAGAACCAAGAUUUGACAAGCUGGCAAGAAUGAUCAGCUUCAGUAGGCUUAGUCUUUCAGCAACAGAUGCUUUCCCUUGCUCAUCCACAUCAGCUGGAGCUGUUGGAGUCCUCCAAACCAGAGCAAGAUCUUUUCUGGGAUUUGGAGAUCUCAGCCAUGCCAGGGCCAGUACAGUUUGCAGGGAUGACUGAGGGCAGGGUUCAAGUACUCACAAGGAUUGCUACUGUUGUUGCUUACCAUCUCAAAAAAAUCUCCACAAACACAAUGACCAAGCCCCACAACCCAAACCCCCAUUAAAAGAAAAAAAAAAAAAAAAAAAAAAGAAAAAAAAAAAAAAAAGUCUGUGCUGACUAAAGGUUAGCACCCUAAAGUAGGUGCUGUGUUUAAUGUUUCAGUUGUAGCUGCUGCUGCAGGACUUGGUUAUUCACUGUAUAUCUUGCUAGCUUCAGCCAAAGCUAGAAAGAUUUAUGACUUGAUUAUUCUAUGAAUAUUCUGUAUAUCUCCAUAAAUACAGGGGAUAAAAAUCCUGCAUUACUUACAUCCUCCAUUAUCCCUCCAAGUUUUUUACAGAGACUGUACAGAAUGUGAAUCAGUGUAAACUGAAUUUAAAGUGUUUUAAGACAUAGCAUCAUGAACUGGUAUUUUCUACAACCCUCUUUAUUCAUGGUAUAAGUUUGUUGGGUGUUUUGUGUUUGUUUGGUUGUUUUUAAUUAAGAUAAACUAGCACUCUUCUUUAUUAUAGCAUUAUAUUAAAUAAGUUCAUGUAUUUUCAGAAGUAAAUGUAUUUAUAAUAUGUAACAUACUGUAUAGUUCUCCACUCCAGGAUCCAUUGUAAUCCAAGCAUAAGAAAUUUAAUAAAAGUAUCACUUAUGAUAA